AUGGGAUUCUCUCUUAGUAAAUCUGCUACUCAAGUAUCGGCUAUACACAGUGAUUCAAAAGUAGAGGAUCAUUUAAUCCAAAGGACUGAAAAAAACAGGUUAAGCCCAGUGACUCAGUUAUUUCAAAAUACCAGAAAAAUAAGAUUAGAAGAUACAAUUCGAGGAGAAAACUUUACAGGCAAUGAAGAGAAUGGCAGAGAAUCUCGUUCGGGAAAAGAACUGGGUCCUGUGACAUAUGUUAAAGAAAGAGAUGGACUAGAAAUGAUAGAUGUAGAAUGAGGCUAUUUCUACAUUAUUGACAAACAUGCCCCUUUGGCUAAUUGCAAGGAGAGGAAGACAACGACGAGAGAUUGAGGGCGGAAAGAGCGAGAUCAAGGGAGGCAGGAAGAAAGGAAGAAACGAAAGUUACUGAAAUAUACACUUUUUUUUUUUUAAAUGAACAUAAGGCCAGACAGCAUCACAGACAACCUGGAGAUCUUUAAAAGUUACUGUCUGGAUUUCUUGCACAUUUUAAAAGAAAGCGAGCUUUACAAAACAGCUCUGCAGUUUGAGGAACGGAUUUUCAGAAUGCAAACUGUUGUGAGGGACUAGUCUGUUUCUGGUUACUAGUUCCAGCGCUUGACACAAUGACCUGCAGGUAGUAGGCUGCUUAAUAAACACUUGUUGGUUGACAGAAUGAUGCA